GGUUCCAGUGGUUCCAUUCCGACAAAGACGUGCAGUCGCACAUGACACCGGAAGCACUGGAGAUUUAGCCGGAAACUUUAAGUGACAGGAGCUCAAUGUGACAUUUCGGAGCCGUUAUUUAUUAACUGUUAUAGAAGAAUAAGAAUGUUUCUCACUACUGUGAACCUUGCCAAGAGCAAAUCUAAGACAUUGCUGGUUCAGAUGGUGAGUGCGGCUGGCACGGGUUACUGUUUUAACACAAAGAGGGGCCGAUUGAGGGACAAGUUGGUUUUGCGAAAGCAUGACCCAAUAGUGAACAAACAUGUUCUGUUCUUUGAGAAGAGGAAGAUACGCUCUCUUUAAAAAUGGGAGAAACUUUUGAUACAGACACUGAGAAAAAGGACUUUUAAAGUGUGAUUAGCCACAGUGUGGUGAUCAACAUCCAACAUAUGAAAGUGUCACUAAACAACUAUGGAGGAAGAUUGACAUCAAAUUAAAGACCCGGCAUCACUGCAGCGUUGGAUAGCUGGUGUAAUGAGACCAGAAAGGAGUUGUACAUCCUGUCAGGAUAAUGUGUUGUUAAGACCAUUACAAUAAGUGUAUUACGUUGGAUUUGUUCAGUUCCUUUGUUUCUUUUUUCUAUCAAGGCAAAAUUUUGACCUACUGCAAACAAUGAACCACCUACUCAAUGACAGAUUGCUUUAGGCUGAAGUGGAUUUGUUGGGAUAAUUAGCCAGCAAAAUUUAUUUUGUAGAAAAAAUGAGAUCUGUGUACAUAAUUGUUAGCACAAAAUAACACCAAUUAAAAUAUAGAAAACCA